AUGCUUCUGAGCAUAGAUGCAAAUUUCCAACCACAAGUGAAAGCAUCCCUGAAAUGGCUCGCUUUUUCACUUGAGCCUCUAAACCUUGGUCAGCUUGCGGAGAUAUUUAUGCUCCCUUCCAAAUCGGACGAUGGAUUUGAGAGCAUGUCUCGCCUUUUUUCUUCGAUAGAUGUGUUGAAGUAUUUUCCUGGACUAGUUGUUACUGAGGGAAGCCCCAUCAAUGGCGCUUCUCAUGUCCGACUAGCUCACUUCUCGAUCAAGGAGUACCUGACGUCUGACAGAAUUCUUCAGACCCGUUCAUCUGUCUUUGCGUUCACGGAGGCCGACGCCCACAUACACAUUGGACGCUUUUGUCUCGCCUAUCAUCUACACAUAAGUCCAACGAGUGAGAUAUCGAAUGAGCACGAGCUACAUUACUAUUUGUAUCACGAGGAAACUUUGGCUGGAUACGCAUGCAUCGGUUGGGCACGACACAUCGAAUUCAUUCCCCGAGCAUCCUGGCCUCCUGAAAUUUUACGAAAUGCAGUUCUCUCACUUUCAAUCUACUGCAUAAGCUUAGUCCAUACGAUCUAUCGCUUCACAAGAAUACGAAAUUUCAUACGACAACCUUAUCUCUACACUGCCACGCGUGGCUUCCGCCAACUGACAGAAAUGUUAAUAUCGAGCAGUGUCGGUGUUGGCAGGUACCUCACACAAGUGGAUUUGGAUGACGGGCUCUAUUGGGCAACACCUUGUGCGGCCGGAAACCUGGACUUUGUUCAUCUUUUGCUUAAAGAAGGUGCCAAUGUUAAUGUCGAAGCCGGAUAUCAUGGCACUGCAUUGGAGGCUGCCUGUGCAAGAAGUCAUACCGAUGUGGCGCGUGUACUGCUCGAA